AUUAAUUUCCUUCUGCACUAUUUUCUAGAUUGAAGAUUUCCAAAAUGCCAUCUACACCUCAACUUUCGCCACAAGAGGAGCAAGAGAAGCUUCUAGAGGAGGCCCUUAAUGUGGUUAAAACACAGGCCUUCCAAAUGAAAAGAUGCUUGGACAAAGGAAGACUAAUGGAUGGUUUGAAACAUGCCUCUACCAUGCUUGGAGAACUACGUACUUCAUUACUUUCACCAAAGAGCUACUAUGAAUGCUAUAUGGCCAUCUCUGAUGAACUGCGCCAUUUGGAGAUGUACCUAGUAGAUGAAUUUCAGAAAGGACGUAAAGUAGCUGACCUUUAUGAACUGGUUCAAUAUGCUGGAAAUAUUGUUCCACGAUUAUACUUGUUAAUCACUGUUGGAACAGUUUAUAUCAAAUCCAAUGAACUGUCUAGAAAAGACAUUCUAAAAGAUUUGGUGGAGAUGUGUCGCGGUGUACAACAUCCUCUGCGUGGUCUGUUCCUGAGGAACUAUUUGCUCCAGUGUACAAAAAAUGUUUUGCCAGAUGCAGUAGAGGACCAAAGCACAGAGAGCAACGGGGGAGAAUCUGGCACAGUCAUGGACUCUGUUGAUUUCAUCCAUCUCAAUUUUGCUGAGAUGAACAAGCUUUGGGUACGCAUGCAGCAUCAAGGUCAUUCCCGUGAUAGGGAGCGCAGAGAAAAUGAGAGAAGGGAAUUGAGGAUCCUAGUAGGUACAAAUCUAGUUCGACUGAGCCAGCUGGAGUGUAUCGAUGUGGAAAAAUUUAAACAGAGUGUGUUGCCUGGUGUUCUAGAACAAGUUGUUAAUUGUAAGGAUGCCAUCGCCCAGGAAUAUCUGAUGGAGUGUAUUAUUCAGGUGUUCCCGGACGAGUUUCAUUUGCAGUCUCUCAACUCAUUUCUUAGAGCCUGUGCAGAACUACACCCUAAUGUUAAUGUAAAGAAUAUCAUCAUAGCUCUGAUAGACCGGUUGGCUUCUUUUGCUCAAAAUGAAGAAGGUCCUGGAAUUCCACCGGAAAUUCAACUAUUUGACAUUUUUUCGCAGCAGAUUUCACAAGUGAUUCAAAAUCGCCCAGAUAUGGCCCCUGAAGAUAUUGUUUCUCUGCAAGUGGCUCUAAUCAAUCUGGCACUAAAGUGUUACCCAGACAAAGUAGAUUAUGUGGACAAAGUUCUAGAAACUACAGAAGAAAUAUUCAACAGGCUUAAUCUAGACCAUGUUGAGCAUGGUAGUCCAGUAUCAAAAGAACUAAUGCGUCUAAUGAAGAUCCCAGUUGACACCUACAACAACAUACUAACAGUACUCCAACUGCAACAUUUUGGUCCACUUUUUGAAUAUUUUGACUACAAAGGUAGACAACUGAUGAGCUGUCAUAUCAUCAAUAAUGCCUUGGAAAAUGAAACUCUAAUCCCAGCCCAGGAAAAUGUGGACUCAAUACUCAACAUAGUCAAUUGUUUAGUACAAGAUCAAAAUGAUCAGCCUGAAGAACCAGAUGACCCUGAAGAUUUUGCGGAGGAGCAGGGCAUUAUGGGAAGAUUUAUUCAUCUGCUGCAAUCAUCAGAUUCGAACCAACAAUUUUUGAUUCUCAACACAGCCAGAAAACAUUUUGGAGCAGGUGGAGAUAAACGAAUCAAGUUUACACUCCCACCAAUAGUAUUUGCUGCUUACAGAUUGGCGUUUAGAUACAAGCAAUUACAAGAUGAAGAUGAAAACUGGGAGAAGAAAUGUCAGAAAAUUUUCCAGUUUUGCCACCAGACAAUAGGAGCUCUGAUUAAGGCAGAGCAGGCAGAGAUUCCUCUUCGGUUGUUCCUGCAAGGUGCUCUUGUAGCUGGGCAGAUUGGAUUUGAAAAUUCUGAAACAGUGGCCUAUGAAUUUCUUUCUCAAGCAUUUUCAAUUUAUGAAGAUGAAAUCAGUGACAGUAAGGCCCAGUUAGCAGCAAUUACUUUAAUUAUCGGCACCCUUGAACAAAUGUCAUGCUUCGGAGAAGAAAACCAGGAACCUUUGUUUACACAGUGCGCUCUGGCUGCUUCCAAACUGUUGAAAAAACCUGACCAGUGCCGUGGUGUGUCAAUCAGUUCACACCUUUUUUGGUCAGGAAAAUCAGCUAAAUCUGGAGAACUCCGUGAUGCUAAGAGAGUGUCUGACUGUUUAAAGAAAGGUGUGAAAAUUGCCAAUCAGUGCAUGGAUAGUUCAGUGCAAGUCCAACUUUUUGUAGAAGUAUUGAACCAAUACAUUUACUUCUAUGAAAAAGGAUGUGAACAGAUAUCAGUUCAGGUUUUAAACCAGAUCAUCUCUAAAAUCAGAGAACUGUUACCCAACUUAGAGUCCAAUGAGGAAACAGAACAAAUCAACAAACAUUUUAAGAACACUUUGGAACAUCUGCACCACAAACUGGAGAGUAGUGAAUCAGUUGGACAGUACGAAGGGCUUGUAUUAUAAAAACCGGACUCUGGAAACAGGAAACACUUUCCUAAUAAAUUGCUAGAACACACUAGUCUUUUUAUGCUAAUGCUGGUACAAGACAUCAUUAAUUGCAUUCAAACAUUCCGUGUGUUUGGAAAUAAGGAGAGUUAUUCAAUAGAUUUAUGGUGUUCAAUAUCUCUUGAGGUGUUUCUUGAACAAUGUAUUUACUAAGUUCAAUGUUUAUGGCUGUUGUCAAAUAUAGAAACUUAGGACAGCCCAACUUGUGAUAUAUAUAUAUAUAUAUAAAAUGAAAAGAGAUGAAUGUAUUAGUGCCACUAGUUCACAGUUAGUAUCAACUUUUUUUUUUUUAUAUUGUCAAUUUAUUAAUUUAUCAAAUGUUUAGUAAAACACCAUGUUAAUUACUAAAACAAAAACACUUUAUAUUUUUUUUUAGAUCUCUGAAAUUUUUUAAACAUAUAUUUCGUAAAGUAAAAUACAGAUCAUUAUAUACUUUAAGCAUCAGGUCUACCUUAUUAUUUUGCAAGAUGAAAACUCGAAGACAAAUGAAUUAGUUAUUUCUAAUAGAUAACAAUAAAUUCUUAAUGAGUUAUUGAAGCUUUCAUUUCCAUCAGAAUGAAGUAAAAAAAAUAUACCAUACUAUUACUACCCAAUAAGCCACUCAUUAGAUACAUCUAUAUGAAAACAAGUAAUUCAACUCUUUUGACAUUAUUUAACACUUUCAUUAUGCCAUGUAUAAACGUUUCUGGAACAACAUGGCCUAAAUUGUGCUGGUGUGCCAAAAAAAAUAAUUAUUUAUAAAAGUUUCCCCUCUCCCCCUUAUAAGGAAUUAGUUGCAAAUGAAUUCUAGAUUUUCUAUAGAAUGCUUGUAUUUGUUUAGUUAAUAAUUGAUAAAUGAUAAUGUAUAGAUUGUCUAUCUGUUCAGACUUGUGAUUUGUGCAUUGAAGAAUUGUUUAAAUUUAAUUUUUUGGUUUUGUCUUAUUUUAAAUAUUGCUCAUUCAUAACAUGAAAAAACAAAAUUACUUUUAAAAAAACAACAAAGCUCAUAUUAAGUGUAAUUUAUAAAAUAGUUUUGAUCAUUCAUGUAAUUAAAUUUGUAAUAGAUCUAUGCUAACAAUAAUAAAUCUGUGUGAUUAGAAAUAUUUUUACCAAUUGUUUUUGUUGAGCAAUAUUUCAUGUUUCACAGCUUUCUCAAUGCACUAUGAUCCUAUCACUUGUCUGGACCACUUGGGAGGUGGGGUGGAGAGAAGGGUGUAUCUGAGUGAAUGUUUUAAAUGUAUUUUUUUUUUUUUUAUUAGUAGAACUUGAACAAAAGCGUCCUUAAUUCAACUUUUAACACCACAUCUGUCAAGUACAAUUUCUUUCUUGUUCAAUACCAAACAAAGUAAUUAAUAACCAAUAGUUUAUUUAACUAAUUGGUUAAUAAUUUUUUUUUUUAUUGAUUCUUGCUUUGUCAACUACAAGAAACAAUAGUGAAAAUUUCAACUUGAUCCAAGAUUGUUAUUACCUAACACAGUGAGUUGAUAUGUUGUUUUUUUCUCUCCAUUUUUUAUGGUGGUAGAGCAGAUAAUAAGGUGGGGGCCAUACCCGAUGGCACAAACACUUGUUUCAAUACUGACUCAAUUUAAUGACAUUAUAAAAAGCAUUUUAACUGACAUUAACGAGUUACAAUCAGUUUACUGCUGUUUCAAUAUCUCCAUUUCCAAAUUCUAUGACCUUUGGUAGUCAUCAUUCAUGUAGGCUUUCAUGUCAUAAAAAAGGUGUUUUGUACUGGAAAAUAGAAAAAUUAAAAAAAAAUAAAGGAUCAUUGCUUUGUACUGCUUGGCUCAGGAAUCCUUUAUAUUUUUUUCUGCUUCCCUUUUCUGUUCCAUGUCUUCACUCCUCAUUCUGAGCACAUGACGGCCAUUUUAAGAUCAUUUUAUUAUCUUUAAGGUAUUUUUUUUUUAGCUCAUUGUUUUCUCUUUCAGAAUAAUUGUGUAAAUAAUCUUUACAGAAACUUAAAGGGAAACUCCCAUGGUUUUGACAAUUUUGUAUGUGUUUUGAUUUACAGAUAAUGAAUGUAUUGUUCUUUUUUUUUAAAUUUUCAAUAAUAACUUAGUAAUUGAUGUUUUUCUGGUGUAAUUUUCCUGCGCAUAUCAGAUUUUCACCGGGUUUCUAUGUGGCGUCACACUAACCUAUUAAUUUAAUCUAUUGACUUAUUGUAUAACGGGAGACCAUACAGUAAAGUUUACAUUCUCGUAAAAGAAAUAUAGCUUCGUUUAUGAAGUUAGAUGUAGAUCUUGUAGGCAAAGAAAAAAAUGUGUGUUGAAAGUAGAUUUAUAUGCAUGACUUAACUACAGCAGUGUGUAUUUUCUCCCCUGACCACUCAACACAAACAAACACUAUCACUUGGUUGUCUUGUCAUGACCGACUACACAUAGUCUAGACUACCUUACACUGACCAGUUUGUUAGAGUCAGACACACUAUCUAUUUACUUUUUAGGACAGGGAUGGGCUUAGAUGAAAAUGUUACUUUUUUCUCGAGUUGGUUAUCCUAAUGCUUUUAGAUCUAUAUAUACAUGUAUAUAUAUAUAACUUUACCAUAGCUCUGAACUAGGCCGUCAGACUGAUGGCACAAGCCAACAUACUAUAAGUGACCACUCUUCUGGAAAAUACUGGUUUGAACACCACACUGAAAUUGCCUGUGACAUGGUCAUGUGAUCAUCUAGAAAAAAUUUAGAGUUUCAAGACUAAUCCAUCUGGUACAGUUCAGCUUAACAAGACAGGCUAGUACAGAGUGAAAUCAGUCUGGUACAGUGUAGUCCAGUAUGAUACAAUACAGAAACCAGUAGAGUUUGGUGCAGCAGUUGAUGUUAUCUACAGUGAAGCAUUUGUACAGUCUGUGUUUCAUGUUGCCAAUUGUACAGUAUUGGCUGUUUAUUUAUUAAAACAAUCAUGUUUUUUGGAGCCCAAGUUAUCUAGUUCUCUGUGCUGUGGUGUGCAGCAAUACUUAAUUGAAUUAAACAAAAAAAACUGACAUAGCCAACUAGUUAUGUAAAAUUAGAAGUUUUAACAAACUUGUUUCGAUAUAAUGUACUAGUAAUACUUAAAUACAUGUUAGGUAAAAAAUAGGAAAUAAAACCAUUGUGCUGUG